CCGGCAAGCCUGCCAAGUAAUAUAGCAACUUCUGAAUUGGCUGAAAUCUGUCAAACAGACCUCUACAAAGUAACGAAGUUCCUUUCCUUGGUGCGUUGAAGACCAUCCCGUGACCAUGGGUGCUUCGUGGUUACCCAUCAUCUUUUUUAGCCUCAUUUGGUUCGUGGUGGGCGGGAUCAUCCCCUUCAUGAUUCCCAAGAACCCUAACCGAGGAGUCUUGCAAGUGGUUCUGAUGUUAACGGGUGCGUCUUGUUGGCUCUUUUGGUUGUGUUGCUACAUGGCGCAGAUGAAUCCCCUGAUUGGGCCCAUUCUCCCCCAGAAAACGCUUUUUGCUAUCCAUCAAUACUGGAAUGGUUGGGACGACUAAAGAGAGAAUACUUCGAUAACACCUUUAACAGCAACCACUUCCGUAGCAUUUGCCGAUAUGGUCGUUUCGUCUUCAUUUGUCACAUUCCAAGCUUGAUUGAUGAUUGUUCAUUGGAGUGUUCGAGUUUGAUCCCUUUCCUCUUUUUCUGUUUCAUUCAGACUGUUAACAAAUAAAACCCAUGAUGGUAUUUAAUAACGACAA